UUCACAAUGCCACAGGGAGUGGAACAGGAAAUCUACUUUGAACACUGUACAAUAUUUUCCCACAGAUUUUGGAAUGAUGUUGUUUUCAAUAACGCUACUAUGCCUCCACUACUGACAAUUAUGGUUAAAUAGAGUUGUUUGGAUUGAUGCAGGUGUUGAUUGGCACUUGUGUGAGAAAAUGAGUCUGACUGGAAAAAAAAGAAAUGAGUGUUGCUCUUUGGACUAAACCAGACUGGUAAAGUUUAGGAUGCGUUACUGUCAGGUAAGCCAUGAGUAACCUUCUCACAGAUAACAGCAGCAAUGCACUGGGAUCAGGUGCCAUGGACAACAUUAGCGAUGUGUCAGGACCAAGCGAUAUUGAGCGGAUACUGGUCCCCAUACUGGACACCUUCAUCCUGGUCGCAGGGGUGGUUGGACACAUCCUGGUCAUCACUGUUAUUUGUCGGAUGCUGAAGAGAGGGCAGGCGAGUGGACCCACCACUGGGGGAGUCCAGGACACCAGUGCCAACGGCACAGACAUUCUUCUACUGUCUUUAAGUGUAUCAGAUCUCCUUCUCCUUUCCUGUAUUCCUUAUCACACUGUUACCAUAGCUACCCACCACUGGCCUUUUGGUAGUUUUAUGUGCAAGGCUGUGAGCUUCCUGGGAGCGAUGUGCACCUCUGCGAGUGCCUUCACCCUCGCAGCCUUGGCCUUCAGCCGCUUCCUUACUGUGGUUCAUCCUUCAAAGGCUUACCGCUGGCGUCAGGGCCGCCGCAUUAAACUGGCCACGGCUGCUCUGUGGCUGCCAGCCAUUGUGUUAGCGCUGCCGCAGUUUUCCUGGCGGACUCUGGUGUCUGCCAGUGGCACCCACACAACUCGACAGGACAUGACGUGUUUCCACUUCCUCUCCGACACGAGCCAAAUAGCCUAUGGGAUGUGCCAUUUCAUGUUUGCCUUUGCUCUUCCACUUGGGGUUAUAGUGGUAGCAUAUGGAAAGAUCUACAACUUCCUGCGGAAGACCAGACGAGGCCGCACAGGCCAGGCAGACCGCCUGGAGAGCUAUCAAACACAGGUGACCCAAACAUCUGUUCUGCUCGUGCUGGGGUUUGCUUUGUGCUGGCUGCCCUCCUAUGGACUGAUGUUGGCCCAAUUUGCAGACCAUUCUACAGUCACACGGCCAUCCCCUCCCUACGGAGCCUUGGCUACCUUCGCCCGGGUCACGUCCAUUUCAUCUACUGUGGUGAACCCCAUCCUGUAUGUGUUCAUGUCACAAAAGUUUAGGAAGGAACUCAAAAAGCUCUUUGGCAGAGACUGAGUAGACAGACCAGAAGAACAAGAAGUCAAGUAUAUCAUAGCAGACUUUAGAAAGACCAGCUUGCAGCAAUUACUGCUGCUUCUGCAUUCACUGAAAGAAAGUUUCAAUGCCAUUACUUUCAUUAUUAACAUCAUAUAUUACAUGAUAAGAUGCUGGUCUCAUGGAAGGCAACAUUGCUGAUUAUUAUGUUAGAAUAGCAACACAUGACCACUGUACGUUUUUACAUCUUUAAAAGUUAUGAAUUAUGGUAUUUAUGCUUUAUGGUAUUUGGUUGUAUAG